AUGGACUUGAGCAAAAUACCAGUAGCCCCUCCGCCACCAGGGGUUACUCCCAACUUCGACAACCCAGAGGGAUCCGAGUACCAGAUCUACUCCGUCAGCCUUGCAAUGUGCUCAUCCGCAACCCUGGUCUUACUUCUUCGGCUAUAUACGCGUUUUUACCUUCUAAGAACAUAUGGGCUAGAUGAUUUGUGUUGUGUGAUGGGGCAGAUCUGUGCAUGGAUCUUCGCUAUCCUAAGUUUAAUCAAUAUAAAAAACGGAUACGGUGUACAUGUCUGGGAUUUGCAUCUUGACAAAAUAACACCAUUCAAGAAGUAUGAUCUCGCAGAAGAAGACGUCUACGCGCUCGGUGUCUGGUUCGUCAAAACGGCUAUCCUACUCUUCUACCUGCGACUCAAUCCCGAAAAACGUUUCCGCCAAAUGACUUUCGCAAUCAUGGGCUUCGUUGCUUUCUACAGUCUACUGAGCAUCCUGAUCUUCACACUAGGGUGUAACCCAGUCCAGGCUAUGUGGGACGUCACCAUUGAGGAUGCCAAAUGUGUCGACCAGUUUGCGUUCGUCUAUGCCAACGCGGCCUUCAACGUGUUUUCCGACCUUGUGACUCUACUCCUCCCUAUUAAGAUAUGCUGGUCGCUGCAGACGUCGGUGAGGCAAAGAAUGCUUCUUAUGAUUGUUUUUGGGACGGGUUCAUUUUGCUGUGUCGUAGCCAUCCUCCGAAUCGUGACCAUGAUGCCAUAUAUCCACAGCAAUGACUUUACACACUUCAAGGUUACCCUCGCAAACUGGUGCAUGAUCGAGAUCAACGUAGGCAUAAUUUGUGCCUGUCUGCCCACGAUGCGACCGCUGUUAGCCCGCUGCUUCCCACGAGUCUUUAGCAGCAUUGACCGGAGCAAUAACAAGAAUUACAAGGGCUCAGGCGGCAGCUAUUCUUUGAAGCCACGCAAGAAGAUCCAUAACUGGGACCAUCUCACCACCCUCCAAGGCACCCAACUCACGACACAAGAUCCGGAGAAUCGGAAGAAUUCGGAAAGUGUUCAAGAGCUGGUUAAGCCUGAUGCGCAGAAUGAUGCCCCAGGAAUCAUGACGAGUACGGAAUAUUCAGUGACCUACAAUAGGGAUCAUGGUCAUUUCGCUUAAAGUGAAAUGUGGGGUGAUUUAGCAUGGGCUGUAUAGCUCUUGGUCCGUUACCACGACAAAGAAAAAUCUACUUAUUUAAUUAUUCAAAUGUUAUUUUGGGGCCUUUUUACCAUUCUACGAGAUGUAUU